CCUGACCAAAAAGUCAAAAUGUCUAUUAAUGGCAUUUAUGCAGAGGAUAGUGAAGGUAAAUUUAUACCAGCCACUCAGCGUCCUGAUGGGACAUGGCGGAAACCCCGAAGAGUGAAAGAUGGAUAUAUCCCGCAAGAAGAAGUACCUUUAUAUGAAAGCAAAGGUAAGCAAUUUGCUUCUCGAAAACCGCUGUUACCUGUUGGAAUGUCUCCAGAAGUUGCAUUGGCUUCUAAAAAUAAAAAAGUUGGCCCAAAUGCCCAUUGCCCAAUACCAGGUUUGGUUAUAUUGGAAGAUAAGACUAAAAAGAAAAAAAAGAAAAAAGAGGACCCAGUUGAUAAAUUGGCAUCAGAUCUAGCACAAACAAAAGUUAAUGAUACUCCAGCUGCUGACCCUGUUAAAAGGCUGAAAAAUCUUAAGAAAAAAAUUAGAGAAAUAGAAUCAAUUGAAGCUAGAUUAUUAUCAGGAGAAUUAAAAAGUCCUGAAAAAGAUCAAUUAGACAAAGUUGCUAGGAAACUAGAUAUAUUGUAUGAAAUAAAAGAAAUUGAGAAGAAUCUGUAUUGGCCGAGUUAGCACUGAUUGUAUAUAUUCAAGUAAUUUAAUAUUUGUCAAAAACUGCAAUGUACAAAUUUCAUAAUUUUGUUUUGCUUAAGACCAACUCUUAUAUGUUUGUAUAAAUGUAAUCGAUAUCCA